CUCAAGCAAGAAGGCUCCAUUUCAGCUCCUGCCCACGGGUUGCUUGCAGGUGUUUGGUUUCAUCCAUGGCCCUGUCUGAUCUGAAAAUUGGACAUCCAGCCCCCAGGCUUUCGAGGCCCCGCACUGCCGAGCUUUUUGAGAGGAACAACUGGUUGACUCGAUCCAACUCAGACCACACCAAAGCUGUGACCACGAUGCGCUUGGAUGGGGCACACCCAUUGCGUAUGGCUCGGAUGGCCUCAACUCACUUCGUGGAGGGAAGGAGGACCGAAACAACACCUGACCAGCGUUGGUUCAAGACGCACGCCACCAGCUUUGCCAAGUAUGGUGUCUACCCGGGACAGGGCUUGAAGGGGAUGUACAUGCGUGAUCCUCACACUGGUAUGUGGGUGAAGGAUACUCCGGAUCGCCUGUGGAAUGUCGAGAAGCAAAUCCCCAAACCCAGCUCAGUGGCCAAGACCAACAAGGACUUCGUUCCCUUGUACGCCCUGGACGUUCACCUCCAUGGUAAGCCCUGAGUCUUCGAAGACGUGAGCCAUUUCUUUUGCUCAUCCCGGAUUUCGGGAGAGCCGGGGACCCAAUCAUCUCCAAAGCUUGGGUCCCUUGGGCAGAUUUGGCACAACUGCGAAUGCAAAAAAUGUGCCUGGCCCAGCGAAAGUUUGGAAUCUUCAGACCCCUCCAGCGGAGCUGUGAGUGGUUCAGCCAGCAGGGCUGGGGAUCUCCAGAAUUUUAUGUGUCGCCCCUUUCCCUUUGGGCAGCACCCGAAAAAUCACCGGCAGAACACUGGCAACCGCCACUGCCAAGUGCUUUAAGAUAACUCCACUGAUGUCGACAUGUCUCUUCCCAGACACGGGACCCUGGACCUUCUGGUGGUUCAUUUCAAAUUCGACCACCAGAGGGUUGUAUCCUGACUUAUUGAUCGCCAAAGGCGCUUCCUUCCCGUCGUGCAGUGG